AUGGUAAAAAGAGAUAAAGCCAUAGAUGAAGAGGAUGAUUAUUCGAUCCCAAUUAUAAAUAACGGAACGGAACAAGAAGAUCAGGAAGUAGAUGAACCUCCAGUUAAAAAACAAAAAAAACAGAAUAAACAACAACUUACUGCUCAAGAUAUUCAAAUCGCAAGGGAAACAGCAGAUUUAUUUAAAUCAAAUAUUUUCAAACUUCAAAUUGAUGAAUUAAUGAGAGAAUUAAAGAUUAAAAAAUCUCAUGAAGAUAAAAUGGAAAAAGUUUUACGCAGAUUACAUGAUUUAAUUAAACAAGUUCCAUCAAUUGAAAAUUUAUCAUUACAACAAGCUGAACAACAUUUUAAAAAAUUAGUUAUACCAUUUCCUGAUCCAAAACCAAGUAAAUUAAAUUAUAGAUUUUCAUAUAUACCACUGGAGGAUAUAUCAUUAGUUGGUUCUUAUGGUUUAAAAACAGGUUGCAAUCAAAAACUGAGUAUUGAAAUUGCUUUAACAAUGCCAAAAGAAUUAUUUCAAGCAAAAGAUUAUUUAAAUUACCGUGCUUUUUAUAAAAAAGCAUUUUAUUUAGCUUAUUUAGCUGAACAUUUAAUAACAUUAUCGAAAAAGAAUAAUUUACCGUUAAAAAUUUCAUAUCAUUAUUUAAAUGGAGAUGUUUUAAACCCAGUUUUAAGAUUAGAAUCAAUCCAAACGGAAAAUCCAGAUGAUUUAAUUUUUAACAAAACUAAAUUCAAUAUAAAUUUAAUUGUUGCAUUUCCAUUUGGUAUAUUUGAUGCAAAGAAAUUAUUACCUGAUAAAAAUUGUAUACGAGUUCAAACAGAAACAGAAACAGAAUCACUACCUCCAACUCCUUUAUAUAAUUCAAGUUUAAUUACUCAAUCAACUUAUGAUUAUUAUUUAAAAUAUCUAUAUACAAUGAAAAGAUCAACCGAAGGUUUUAAAGAUGCUUGUGUAUUGGGAAGACUUUGGUUGCAACAAAGAGGAUUUGAUUCAUCUGUAAAUAAUGGUGGUUUUGGUCAUUUUGAAUUUGCUAUACUAAUGAGUGCUUUAUUAAAUGGUGGUGGUUUACAAGGAAAUAAAAUUUUAUUACAUGGUUUUUCAUCAUAUCAAUUAUUUAAAGGUGUUAUAAAAUAUUUAGCAGAAAUCGAUUUAUCAAAAGGUUAUUUAUCAUUCUCAUCAUUAAUUGGGGAAAAUAUUACAUCAAAAUAUAAAUCAGAUGGAUUUAAUGUACCGACAAUAUUUGAUAAAAAUGCAAAAUUAAAUAUAUUAUGGAAAAUGACUUCAUUUUCAUAUUUGAAAUUAAAACAACUUGCUAUACAAAAUUUGGAUUUGUUAAAUGAUGUGGUUAAAGAUAGAUUUGAUGCAAUUUUAUUACAAAAAUCAGAUUAUGAUGCUAUGAAAUAUGAUAUUGUUUUAAACUUUUCAGCACCUGAUGAAUUAUAUGACUUGUUUGGUCCAUUGGAGAAAAUUUCAUAUAUAACAUUUGAUAAUUACUUAAAGAAUAAACUAUUUAAAAUAUUGACAACUGCAUUAGGUGAUAGAGCUACUUCAAUAGAUAUACGAAAAGAAAAAAUUUCAAAAACAUUUGCAUUAAAUAAAAGAAAAGCAUCAAAUUAUAAUAAUUUUAUAAUUGGUUUACAAUUAAAUUCUGAAGAAUGUGAUAAAUUAGUUACUAAAGGUCCAAAUAGUGAAGAUAAAGAAGCAGGAUUAAAAUUUCGCUCAUUUUGGGGUUCAAAAGUUUCAUUAAGAAGAUUUAAAGAUGGACUGGUUCAACAUUGUGUUGUUUGGAAUUUAAAAGAUGAACCUGUAGUAUUAACAAUUAUUAAAUCUGCAUUAGAUAUACAUUUACAAGAUGUAUCUCAACAUGUAGCUACUGAUGUAGGAUUAUUUGAAAGAUUACCAACACCAUUAUUACCAACUGCAGCAAAUCAAGUCAUUACAUCAUUAGUUAGUUUUACAGCAUUGAGAAAUUCAUUUGAAAAUUUAAGUAAAACAAUUACCAAUUUGAAAUUACCUUUAAAUGUUAAAUCCUUAUUACCAGCUUCUUCAUCGUUAAGAUAUACAUCAUUGUUACAACCUGUUCCGUUUGCUGCUUCAAAUCCAGAUUUUUGGAAUGAUUGUAUACUACAAUUUGAAACGUCAACAAGAUGGCCCGAUGAAAUCAGUGCAUUAGAAAAAACAAAAACUGCUUUUUUAAUCAAAGCAAGUGAUUUAUUAAAUGAUUUAGGUUUCACUACAUUUUUAACUAAAGAUGAUUCAAUUCCAUUUAAUGAACAUAUUACAUUACUUAAUAUAUUAACACCAGAUGGUUAUGGUUUUAGAAUAAGAGUAUUAACAGAAAGAGAUGAAAUAUUAUAUCUUAGAGCUGUUGCAAAUUCUGAAAAACAAAAAUCAUUAGUUCAAGAAAUAUAUCUUAAAUUUAAUCAAAAAACACAAGGUGUCAUUAAACAUACUAGAACAAUCACACAAUUAGCACAACAUUUUCAUUUUUAUUCACCAACUGUACGAUUUUUUAAACAAUGGUUAGAUUCACAAUUAUUAUUAUCACAUUUUAAUGAUGAAUUAAUAGAAUUAAUUGCUUUGAAACCAUUUGUUGAUCCAGCUCCAUAUUCAGUACCACAUUCAAUUGAAAAUGGUUUUUUACAAAUUUUAAACUUUUUAUCCAAUUGGAAUUGGAAAGAAGAUCCAUUAAUUUUGGAUUUAGUUAAAAGUAAUGUUGAUGAAUUCAAUGAUAAAUUAACAAUACAAGCUUAUAGAGUUAUAGAGACAAAUUUUGAAACAUUGAGAAAAUCAGAUCCAAGUGGUAUCAAAACACAAUUAUUUAUAGGAUCAAAAGACGAUCCUUCAGGUAUAUUAUGGUCCCAUGAUUUAACAUUACCAAUAUCAUCUAGAUUAACUGCAUUAUCAAGAGCAGCAAUUACAUUAUUAAAACAAAAUAUAUCAGAACAUAAUCUUGAUUUAAUUUUUACUCCUGCACUAAAAGAUUAUGAUUUUACAAUAAAUGUUAAAUCAACUGAUUUAACUACCACUUCAGGAAUAUUACCACCAAAUACAUAUAAAAAUUUGAUACAACCGUUAACAUCUUUCCCAGAUGAUAUAACAACAAGAUAUGAUUUAAUACAAGAAUUUAUAAAACAAUUAAAUACUAAAUUUGGUAAUACAAUAAUUUUUUCAUCGAAAAAAUUUGGUGCCAAUGUAAUUGGUGGUAUAUUUGUACCAUCAAAUUUAACAAAAAAGAAAUUUAGAGUCAAUCUAGGUUAUAAUGUAAAACCAGACACUAAAGAUGAAGUUGUUAUUAAUAAAGAUGUAAUAUUUAAACAAAUUCAUUUAUUAGGUGGAAAUUUAAUAGAAAAAUUUAAUGUAUAG